UUUUUGGUUAUUAAGAAGUACAAAGAUAAACAGGAGAUUAGAUUACUCUGGUUCAACCAUUAUAAAAGAAAAAGCAAGCUCUUCUGUACGCUUAAAGGAAGAGUCACAGUAUUAUCAAUAUAUUCGCUGAAAUGCAGCUGACUUAUAGCUUCAUUCUCCUGGCAGCCGGCUACCUAGUUGUUCGUGGUCAAAGCACUAUAGACUGCGGUGUUGUGGGAAACAAGUCAGGGGUCAUAUGUAUUUCCGAGACGGAAUAUAAACUUUCUUUUGGUGACACGACCGUGUACUCGUGCCCGAUAGAAGCCUUUUGCGUGAAUCAUCCGAAUAUUUGCCUAACGGACGCACUUCCUGUUUGCAGACUUAGCCGGACCUGCAACCAAUGCAAGCCAAAUUCAGUAUCUACUUGUGUUGAUGCGAAGAGAUACGUGACGUGCUUGGAUGGUCAACUCGAUACUAAUAUCCGUAACUGCCAAGCUAGCAAACCAUAUUGCAGUCUUCGUUACGACGACAAUAGUCUUCUUAGUGCGGUCUGUACUAAUGUCAUAGAGCAAGUAGCUUGUGAUGGUUCAACCACCGAACCAAACAUUCCAGAUCCAGGUGAACCAUUUGAAUGCGGUGAUAAGAUUGGGAAAUUUCCGGAUUUAAUCGAUCUUUCUUGCAAACGGUAUUACUAUUGCUAUCCGGAUGAAGACGAAAAUGGAAAUCAAAAAAUUAGCAAAGAGGAUUUCAUGUGCCCAAUAGACACGGUAUACAACAGAGAUGUUGAGAAAUGUGUGAAGAAAACAGAUAAGUUCGUAUGUCCGAAUCAAUAAUAACAAUAAUGGUUUCAUUCAUAAAUUAUUGUGCGUAAUAAAUACAUGCUAAAUUCUCAAUAAAGACCAAAAUAUUUUCCGAAAAACGAAUUCAAUAAAAUCAUAUUGCAAAUUG